AUGGGAAAGAAGAGAAAUAUGGCAAAGUUAUUGUGGCUGCUGAUGUUCUUUUCUGAUAUUGUGCCAUUCAGCUGUGAGAAAUCAAUGAGAGAAAGAGCCAUUGAGCUGAUGCAAGAUGCACGUUUGAUCGAUGGCCACAAUGACUUUGUACUGCAGCUGAGAAUACUUUACCAAAAUAAAAUCAGUGGUGUCAACUUGAGAGACCUCAACAGGACCCACACAAACCUUGCAAAACUUCAGGCUGGUUAUGUGGGAGCUCAGUUUUGGUCAGUGUAUGUUCUUUGCAGCGCUCAGAACAAGGACGCUGUUCGCCUGACCUUAGAGCAAAUCGAUGUUGUCAAGAGGAUGUGCAACAGCUACGAAGAGCUGGAGCUUGUGAUGACUUCCCAAGGUAUCUCUGACAGUAGAAAGAUUGCAUGUUUGAUUGGAAUAGAGGGUGGCCACUCCAUUGACAGCAGCCUGGCAGCACUGAGGAUGUACUAUGACUUGGGGGUUCGUUACAUGACUCUAACACACACCUGCAACACUCCCUGGUCUGAAUCAUCAUCUAAAGGAAUACACAACUUUUAUCCCAGUGUUAUUGGUCUGACUGCAUUUGGCCAAGAAGUGGUAAAGGAGAUGAAUCGCCUGGGUAUGCUGAUAGAUUUAUCUCACACCUCAUACUCCACUGUAAAAGCUGCACUCAACAUCUCAAAAGCACCAGUAAUUUUCAGCCACUCUGCAGCAUUUUCUGUUUGUAACCACUCAAGAAAUGUUCCUGAUGAUAUCCUCCAGCAACUGAAAAAGAACAAGGGAAUUAUCAUGGUGUCUUUCAAUGCAGAUGUACUGGCCUGUGGCAGAAAAGUUGUUAAUAUUUCUACCCUUGCAGAUCAUUUUGACCAUAUAAAGGAAGUUGCAGGCUCAGAAUCUAUAGGAAUUGGUGGUGACUAUGAUGGAGUGCAACGCUUUCCCGAGGGAUUGGAAGAUGUCUCUAAAUACCCCUCUUUGAUAGAGGAACUUCUUAGAAGAGGAUGGAAUGAAACUGAACUGAAAGGAGUCUUAAGGGAGAACUUUCUCCGUGUCUUCAGGGAAGUAGAAAAUGUGCGGAACAAUUUUGCAGUAAUGGGCGUAGGUGAAAGUGAAAUUCUGCAAGAAACAAAACACUCCUGUCGCCUAGACCUACAUAAGCCUCAGCCUCAGCCAUCCAGGUCCUUUGGAUUUCCUUCUGUGGCACAGCCUUUCAUCCUGACACUUGUAUCAUGUUCAAUGCUGUAUUAUGUAUCAUGAGCUUAUGGAGUCUAGAGAGAUUUUUGGAAUACUCUGCAAUGCAGCUACUUAUCUUUCUGUGAUUUGUUAGCAGAAGACUAUUAUAAAUUUUAAACACAAUUUCUAUAAAUUCAUCUGCAUAUUUGAAAAGUCAUGUUAAUUAUAAAUGAUGUAGCAAAAGUGUUUAGAAUUUGAACUGAUAAAUUCUGUAUCACCUUGGCUGGACCAGGACCAACUUUGUUAAUGGAAAAUAUUCACAUCUAAAGAAUAAAUUCUGUAAUACUCAAUGCAUGGUUUUGGUACUCAUAUUGUGGAAUAAAGACUGGAGUCCAGAACCAGCAGUUUCACACAGGAACUAGAAAUUAUGAUUAAGACAUCUGUGCCAAGUAGUUUUCAAAUAUUGCUUCUUGUUAAAUCAUACAGCUUCCAUCAACAGUUGAUGGCUUACUCAGAGAAGACCAACCCCUGCCAUAUGGAGAAAAGUGCUUUUUUGGUUUGCUUGGGGUUUUGUUUUGUUUUUUGAGAUGACAAGAUGAGUGACAAGCCUAUUCCAGCUUGAACUGCAUGCCUACAACUAGCUUUAGAAACCCAUCCUGCAGUACUAAACUCUUAUUUUUGAACACUGACCAGGACAGUGGGCAACUGGACAAUUACUGAAGGGUAGAGGCAGAUCUCUACAUUCAGGUGCAGGCAAUGCUGUAGAUACUUUUUAUAAUUUGAGGAGAACUGUUUGCAGCAUUUUCAUGAUGAUGGGAACAAGAACAAGUCAGGACAAAGCAGGAAUUCUGGCUAGUAAGAGGGUUGUGCAAAUCUUUUUGACAUUUAAACAAUUAUCCUUAUCAAUAACAUGUUUUAUUAUUUCAUUUCUAUUCUAGCUGGCUAAAAUCAGACCAUGGCCAGCGGAUUCAUAGAUGCAAAAUUAGACAGAGACCUUUU